CGCCAGGCACAGGACACUGCGGCAAGAGCCACUUGGCUAGCGCCGACAGAGCAGCCAGGACUAGCGUACGUCUCUCCUCUCGCAGCAAUGGCAUCAUUGGCGCCCGAUUACAGGAGCGCAGACGAUAGCGUUUCAGGAGAGAACGGAACUCUUUGCUCUCACUCUCUUCCUCGCGUGUUGCAUUGGCAAAGGCUGACUUGAUUUGGACCUCUUCGUUUCUCGUUCUUCAAUCUACUUCUGGCUCUCGUUCGACCUUGCCCAACUCCGGCGGACCUGCAAAUGACUCGCCAAAUACGCUUUGCAUUGCCGCGCCUUGGUGUGCACUGACGGCGGACCCAUCGACUUGACGACCUACUUGCCAACGACUGGGCUCGUAUCUGUUUGCACUUUACAUGUAUCACCAACGAACAUCAUCAUCGCGCGAAACCAUCGCCAUGACUCGUACCAACGACCUGACCACUCUCGACACGGACACGAAUGCUACAACCUUGCCCAUCGCUGCCAUGCAUCGUCACACGCGCUCAGGUUCGGGCAGAUUUCUGCCUACCUUCAGGGCAAACGCAGAACCGCCAGGCGACUCGCGCAUACGAUCGGCCCCAUCCGAGACUCAUCAUACAGGCAAAGGACUGCUUCCGUCCGCUAGACCGCCGAAGAGUCCAGAGAAACAGGUCCGUCCGCCCGCAAGGUUGCAGAAACGACCUACGCCUGUCAGUUCACGUGCGGCAACACCCUCGCGUCCUUCCGCUUCGUCCUCUUCAGUCAACCGACAGCGCUCGCGAUCGUGCCUGCUCAACCCUGAAGGCAUACCUAUACCACCGAGGGAUCAGUCUGCUGAUAAUUGGCCCAAGCAAGCUGGUCCGUGGUCGCCCCGAACAGAACGCUCCAGAGACGAUCAGAUAGGACGUGCUGCGCCAAGUCCUGCAUCUUUCACGGGAUCAUCGACUGCUUCAUCUGACAGCUCGAUCCGACGACGACCCAUCACAGCGUGUGAUUCGAUCCAGGCCUUGUCUUCGGCGGGAUCCUGCCUUUCUCAUCAUUUUGGAACCCGUCCUGCCAGUUCACUUGCGCUCCAGCAUACGGCUAUCUCUGCGCCAAGUCAAGACGAACCUGUACCAGUCCAUCGAGCCGAACUCAACAGAUCGUCGCCACCCUCACAGCCGCACAAACGAGUCUCCGCCCGCCUCAGCAAUUUUAAGCGGUCCUUAUCUGGCUUCGCCAGUGCCAAAUCGCCAGGGAAAAAGGACAGCCUACAGCAGCUCGAGCAGAAAUGGCACGCCCGUGAGCUUGACUUCGCUCGUUCGCUCGAUUCUGCCAUCGACAUUGCCACAUCCGGCCCUUGUCUGCUUGAAGCCUCUCUGCAACUCGACCAGAGUACUGACGACUCGGCAGACGUAAAGGAAGCGCAUAGCCCGAGAUUAGAUGGUCAGCUACAGUUGCCAACGACGUCGGAACCUGUUAUCCGACCCAAUUGCGUCUCUUUCCAUUCGUCUACCGGUAACGCGCUCGGGCUCUACGUGCAUGCCAAGCGAGCCGGCGAGCAUCGGUCGAUUUGUCGUAAAGCGAUUUCCUUUGAGACACUCGUGCCUGCAACGUCCCGGAGCUCACGACUCGGCCCAGCUCGUGAUCUACCAGCCGAGCACGGUGCAGCCGAAGAGAUGGCACCCUCUGCCGAUCAGCGACCACAGAGUCCUGGUGGCUCAAACAGGUCGCGCUUUGGCCUGUCCAGUCUCUUCAUGGUCAAUCUACCCCCCGAGGCUGCGACAGGGCAUCUUGUCCCCACCUUUGUCAGAGCGCCAUCCUCAAGAGCGGGGCCUAGAUCACCCAAGAUGACUCACAACGGUUCACGGAGCAGUCUCAACGCCUUGCCGUCGACCUCAUCGCAAUCAUCGUUCCUAGAUGAAGGCUCACCCAUCAAUGCCCCUUUGCGGUCCUUCUACAGUCACUCUCGUAGCCUGAGCACCGCGGGGCGGGAUACAAGCCCGCGACAUGAAUCGGCACCUAUGUCGACUUCUCAGACUGCACCAGUGCGACCGUUGCCCCACCACUCGUCAUCCUCUGACUUGUCUGAGGAGCGCACGAGAGAGCUCAGGAGGCAGCCUAUGUCACCGCGCAUUGAGUCGCCUCCCAGUCGUCAGCGUAGUCUGUCCUUCAAGUCGGCAAAUCAGUCUACUUCGAGCUUUACUGCACUCGAGGACUCAAACGGCAACGAAGGGCGGCCAGCAAACGACCGGCGCAUGAGCUUGAACUCGAUGCUGAAGUCCGAUCACAUUGAGGCGACUGCAUCGAACAGUAGACCCUCUAUUGCGACAGACUCCACCGUGACCGGCAAGGCAAGUCAGGCAAAGACGAUACGCGCAAAAGUCAAGCAAGACGCACUCAGCUCCCUGCUGCGCGAAGCUCAUCUUGCUGUCGAUGCUGGCGGGCGGAAAGGCUCAAGUCAGAAGCAGCGUAGCCUACCUAGUUCAGCAUCGGGGUCUCAGAUCAUGUCACCAGACAUUCUCUCGCCUGUCUCUGCCAACGGUCGACAUGGCUAUGCCGAUUCUUUCCUGACAGAGAAGCUCUUCGAAGACUCGUCAGCGUAUAGUCUGACUGUCGAAAUAUGGCAGCCAUCAGUCGCUGGCUCAGGCAAAGAACGCGGGGGCCUGCUGUCCUUCAAGACGCCUCUGUUGCGAGAUGUGCCUGCUGUCCGUCGCAAGAAGCGCGAAUCUGCUCAUUUGUCAGAGUCCGAGAUUCGCAUGAGCAAUGGAGGAAUUGCGGGUUCGCCGACAGGUGAUACUCUCCAUCAAUCAGAUGCGCCGCGGCCGUCUCGCUUCAUGUUCGACAACGGUAGCUGGGCACCCUCGCAGCUUGCAAUACGUGACUCGAAGCUACUGCUGUUCGGCGAAGACCGCGUCAUGCUGCACUACAUUGAUCUGGCCAGCUUAACUCACAGCAAUGUGCGCACGCUCGAUCCGACAGCGUUGCAGCGACCUUACGCUCUCAGCAUCCGCAAAGAGUCGGUCGACAAUGCGCAUGGCUUCUCUGCCAUCGCCUCAUCUGUACAAGGUCGCGCUGCGCCAGGCACAUUCCGCUCCUCCGGAUCUCAUCCGAAUAGUCUGUCUGAGAUCGGCAGAUCGCCGAGCUCCACGGCACCCGCAAUUACCGUCUAUGUCAGUUUUGCAUCGCCGGUCGCUCUGCAGAUUACACUUGCCAUGCUGCGUUGUCACGCGCGCCCAGAGAUUUACCCCUUCUUGCCACGCUUGGACAGCUUACAAGAUGCCCCUUCAGAAUCACCUGCAGCAACCACAGAUGCGCAGGACAGCGAAAUCGACCGAGUACGUUUAUGGCGACGCCUCGACAUUUGCGUUGUCGAAGCGAAAGACCUGGGCGAUGCGCUGCAAGGGCCAAAAGCUCGCCCUUUCGCUCCAGUCGGCGCCUUGAAACGAGCUGAAGCGAGGCCUUCUUCUCAACUCAGUGAUCAUUCGUCGGACCGCGAACUGUCGCAAGGCGGUCCGCAAUCGGCUACGUCAGGCAGAUUCAACGAUAUAGCGCCACCGAGACAAAGUCAAGACUUCCGCGAGAGUCACCAAGCCGAACUCGAGGCAUUCGCCGCUACACUGUCGGUACAUUGCGAACUCGUGCUUGAUGGUGACAUCCUAGCGCGGACGACGGUCAAGAAGGGUACAGAAGCGCCUUUCUGGCGCGAGGUCUAUCGCAUCGAUGACCUCGGCUUACUUCAACAGCCCCUGACGGUCAACAUAGUACAGACAGCGAAGACUGGCAAGGCACACAUCAUGGGCUCUGUGACAAUACCUGCUUUUGAUCUACGGACAUCAAAGGAGGAGCGGUGGUACCCCAUCGUCACCGAUGAUGGCAAGCGCAUGUUCCAAUCUGGCGAGCUGAGCGUCAGCACGAGACUGACUGAACUUGUCGUGCUACCUGCGGAAGAAUAUGACGAGUUGAGAGCAUUUCUGUUGGCUCCGCAAAACACCAGUCUACUAUACGACAUUGCGAACGCAAGCGAUCAACUCGAUGCUAUGGCUGCCAGUCUUUUGCGUAUCUCACUCGCCAACGAUCUCUGUCUAACUCGGCUGAUGCAAAUGGCCGAUCGCGAAAUCGACGGUCGAGAGGAGACAUCAAGUAUCCUAUUCCGUGGCAAUACCCUCUUCACCAAGAUGCUAGAGAUGUACAUGCGCCUCAUUGGACAAGAUCUACUCGAGACCAGUCUUGGUCCGCUGGUGCGGCGGAUCUGUCGGGACGAUAUUGACAUCGAGAUUGAUCCUGCACGGCUGCGAAAAGAUAAAGCUGUACAGGAAGGUGUCAAGAGUUUGCACAGCUGGGCAGUCAAGCUAUGGACGUCGAUCUACGAUUCUCGCCAGACUUGUCCAUCGGACUUGCGUGGCAUCUUCCACUACAUCCAAGGCGUCGUCAACAUCCGCUACGACAAAUCAAAGCGAAGCAUGCGCUUCACCUGCAUAAGCGCAUUCGUUUUCCUGCGCUUCUUUGUCCCAGCGAUUCUGAAUCCGAGGCUUUUCGGUCUGGUCUACACCACGCCUGGCCUAAAGGCUCAACGAACGCUGACGCUGCUGGCGAAGACGCUGCAAGGUCUUGCUAACAUGUCUCAGUUCGGUCAAAAGGAACCGUGGAUGUCGGUUAUGAAUCCAUUCCUGGACUCGAGCGCCUGGACAUACUCGGAUUAUAUCACGAACAUAGCCGGUCUUGCUCCGGACUACCAACCGGAAUGGACCUCAAAGGAAUGCCAGCUAUAUCGGACGCCACGAGAUCUACAGGCGCGCUUGUCAGGCUUAGCGGCCGAAAGUAUCCCAAGCCUGCCGCAUCUCAUCGAUCCACCGAAGGAAUUCGCAUACAUUGCCAAUUGCAUCGGACCGCUGAGGGACGCAAGAGGCAAAGCAGAAGAACGAAGCGCGACAUUUCAGCGCUUCACACAGAUCUGCGCUGACCUCACACUCAAAUCUCGAGCGCGCUCGAGACGGAUCGCACGGAGCAGUCGACGCUUCGAAUUCUUGGAGCAGGCUAGCAUCUCUGCGCUUCUCAGUCAUGCCAGCGACUCAUCCAUGGCUCGCGGCUCGCCACCUACCGCGCCGCCACGACGAGCGUCACUGCGGGAAUCGCCGGCCGGCGAGCUGCAUGUGUUGCUCGGCGAGCCACCACGAGGUCCUGGAGCCUCACGCUCGCUCAUCACCGCACCACGACGAUCGCGGCGAUCGACGCAUUCGGAUAGAACUAGACUCAGUGAGGAUGAGGGACAGCCCGGACAGCCUGUCUCUGUGCCGGUCGAGCCGCUGGCGUGGCGGUCCGAAUUUGCGUCCUUUUCAUUCGGCCGAACAUCUGUAGAAGGUGACAGAGCGAUCAUGUCGCCUGUCGACUCCAAUCCGCAGCACAAUUCUCCGCGGACUGUCGCAAGUGGAUUUGUACACGGCGCUACGCAUUAGGUACGUCAAGCAAAGUACAAGAGAAGAAUAGAAGAGACCUCAAUCGCAAUUCGUACCCCGUCUGUACAACAUAAUGUGAAUGAUCUUUGAUACUUAGGCCACCUGAACAAGGAAAGCCGUCUUGGGAUAGGCAGGGCAUGAUGAGUGGCGCAUCGAACGGCAGGUCUCCCAUGAAGUAUGAGGGGCUCCAGUGCGAAUAGUCAUCAGAUUCUGCGAUGAGGCCAGGCACGAUAUCAAGAUCAUGUACUGUGCGGGCAGCAUUGUUGCCUAGGCUGGAGAGCAGCUUGG